AUGACAUCUGCGACGAUCCUCGAUGAAUUGGAGCAAUUCGUUUCCGAAUUCAGGCAGCGGAGAAUAGACUUGGGUUACACACAAGAGGAAGUUGGCUGGUCGAUAUCGAGUUGUUCGACAUACUCGCAGACGACGAUUUCUCGUUUCGAAAAUCGCCUGCUAUCCUUGAAGAGUAUGUGUCGUUUAAAGAACAUGCUUGCUGAAUGGCUGAAGAAUGCUGAUAGUUCGCCAAACCGAGCACCCCUGAUCCCACCACAGUUUUACAUCCGGCAAAACAAGACGAGAAGGAGGAGAACAACAAUCAAAGGACACAUUAAGCAGCAAAUGGAGCAACAUUUUGCCAUAGAGCACAUGCCAAGCUCAGCAACUCUAGCUCAUCUUUCGGAAGAGUGGAAGCUCGAUUACGAGGUCGUUCGAAUUUGGUUUUGCAACAGAAGACGGAAACUACGGUGCGAUAGUGUUGAUCUCAAAGUUCUCUUACCUGAGCCGGUAUUCUUGGACCCUAAGCAGGGGCCAGUCGUCAGCGCCACGGACUCAGCCAACAGCACCGCUGUCGACGAGCUGUCGCCGUCCCCAUGCGAUCCGUACCCUCAGGAACAACUUUCCAGCUCCGUCGAGACUCUUCCAUUUCAAUAA